AGGAAUGAUUUGCAACAGAAGGGGCAUUGAGAAGAGGCAACUUACCACUUGCGCAGCGCUACCCGAAGCAUCUCUCUCCUUUUACUUUUACUCACCAAAUCAAUACUUUCAAAGAUGCUCUCAACGCGUAUCCAGUGCGCACUGGCGCUCCUGUCUCUCGCGCUCGCCGUCAGCAGCGUCUCAGCAGCACCGUCAGACGCCAAACUCCGCCAACUUCUGCAGAGAUCUCUCCUCAACCCGGCUGGAAAACAGGAACUCGCCAGAUACACACUUGCAGAUUUGCUCUCAGAACUCGUGCAAGCAGAAAACGAGGCGCUGGAGCCCGAGGAUCUGUCUCGCGCUGUGGAGAAAGAUGACGUGCGUUUGGAGCUCGAGCGCGCCGCCGGACCCAUGCUGGCUCCUCGCGAGCGUAAAGCCGGAUGCAAGAACUUCUUCUGGAAAACUUUCACGUCGUGUUAAUUUCUCACCGCGAACCGUUUCCUUUUGACUUAUUCUUUUUUUCUUUCUUUCUUUCUUUUACUCCUUCAUAUUUCCAUUUCCCCGUCUUUCUCACACUCUUCAUCCUAUCCAAACUGUAAAUAAGAAAAUAAAAGCGGUUAUAUUUGUCGUUUAACAACGAUCAUAGCUCUCAUUGACUAUGCUUUUCGAGGCUAUAAUGUUUCAUCGGAAUGUUUUACGGAUGUGUGCAAAUCUGCUUUUAAUUGUACUUUAGCAGAUAUCACUAUUUUUAAUUGUUUGUUUGAAUAAAAUCUAUGUUUCAGAGACAA